AUGGUUCAAGAAAAGGAUGCCUUACUUUGGAAGGAAUUUGAACGACAGUGUGACAAUGUUUUCCUGACUCUAUCAUCGAGUGAUCUAUCAUCCGAAUCGGACUUUCCCGAGUGUCGCUUUGGUGACAAGGUGAUUGUUCUACUGAUUGACACUUGUCGGGCUCUGGACUCCUGGUUUGUGAAACAUCGUCUUCUCCUGUCUACCAAGGCUCCGCACUUGCAACUGUCAGACGAAAUUUGUGAGCUGCGUCGCGAACUCGCCCUAAAGGAGAAGCUGCUUGCAGACAUCAAGGAGAAGGCUCGGCGCCAUGUGGCAGCUAUCGAGACCAUUGUUGGAAAGCUGACAGAAGGGGUUGCAUAUGUACCGGAUCUUUGA